UAGUGACGUCAUGAUGAUGUUGAAUUGUUACAUUAACUACCAAAACCUUCAAGCAAGUUAACACUUGUGAAACAACGACAUGGACGAGGCAAGGCUCAACGUAAGCUUAUGUAUUUCACUACAUCAUGCAUGUGCAUGUACUAUGUACAUAUAAAUUAGGGCCCAUGUACAUUUUUACUUACAUCACGCUUAGACAGAGACUUUACAAAGUCUCUUGACCAGAAUUGAAUUUGUAACCAUUGUACUUUUGUGCCACAAGCAACACUUAAUCAUGAAAAUCAAAUAAUUCUGAGUUCUAACAGACAAAAUUCUAUUACAAUGGGAUUUAAUCAUCUUGGUUGCUUUGGGGAAAAAAGAAAUUGAAAUAUAAGCUUAUUAACGAUCCUUCGGGAAAGACUUAUACAACUUAAUCAGAGAUUUUUUCUUGGUGACGAUAGAGAGCGCCCUCUCUUGGUAUAGUUUUCACGUGGAAAAUGGCGGCUUUCUUGAGAGGGAAAACAUGGAAAGAUGAGGAAUGUCGUCGAACUUAGCAUUUUUUGUGAUUUCAGGCAAUGUUCCAUCGAAAUAUAUUUCAACUGGUAGGUCAGCACAACAUAUUCGACAGAUUAAAUGUUUCUUUUUACCAACCAUGCAAGUUGUUUGUUGGUUGGGAAGGUUGGAAAAGUUUUGCUAAGGUCGUUCCCAACUUUCUGUGAAUUGUGGAGGUCAUCCAGUCGAGUAAAAACUAGAGCAAGUUCAAUAAUGGCGAGGGGACUGCGCGUUCUGAAUGUUGCUGAGAAGAACGAUGCAGCCAAAUCACUGGCGGAUCUGAUGUCGAGAGGCAGAUACAGAAGGAGGGAAGGGUUUUCCAAAUACAACAAGAUCUAUGAAUAUGACUACCAGCUAUUCAACCAGGACUGCAGUAUGACAAUGACAUCAGUGUCGGGACAUCUUCUCAACUAUGAAUUUGUGUCAACUUUUAAAAAAUGGCACAGUUGCAACCCUGUAGCAUUGUUUAGCGCUGAAGUUCUCAAAGGUUGUCCCGAUGACUUCAAAGACAUCAAGAGGACGUUAGAACGUGAGGCCAGACAGCAUGAUGUCCUCAUCAUCUGGACGGAUGGAGACAGGGAAGGGGAGAACAUUGGCUGUGAAAUUGUCGAUGUCUGCAAAUCAGUGAAACCACGACUGGAUGUAUACAGAGCUAGAUUUUCCGAGAUCACACCACAGUCCGUCGCCAAUGCUUGUAGGAACCUUGGUCGACCAGAUGAGAGAGUGUCAAAAGCCGUUGAUGUCCGACAAGAGCUGGACCUAAGAAUAGGUGCGGCGUUCACCCGCUUCCAGACCUUGCGCCUCUGCAAGGUGUUUCCCGGCAUCCUGGACGGCCAGUUGAUCAGCUUUGGCAGCUGCCAGUUCCCCACCCUGGGGUUUGUGGUGGAGAGGUACAAACAAGUGGAAGCCUUCAUACCAGAGAUGUUCUACAAGAUCAAAGUCUCUCACGAAGUGGAUGACACCAAGGUAGAUUUUAACUGGAAGCGGCACCGGCUGUUCCAUCGCCUGGCCUGUGAGGUACUGCUGCAAGUCUGCCUGGAGGACCCCAUGGCCACUGUCACUGACGUCAGCAGCAGAAGCAAGAGUAAAUGGAGACCCCUGCCCAUGGACACAGUGGAACUUGAGAAGCUAUCAUCUCGUAAGCUGCGCAUCGGUGCCAAGGAGACCAUGAAGAUUGCUGAGAAGCUGUACACCAAAGGGUUCAUCAGUUACCCUCGCACUGAGACCAACAUGUUCCCAAAAGACUUCAACCUCCGUGAACUAGUCCAAGAACAGACGCAGGACCAGAGAUGGGGACCAUUUGCUGCUGGGAUACUUCAGGAGGGUCCCACCCCUCGCCAAGGUAACAAGACAGACAACGCCCAUCCUCCCAUCCACCCCACCAAGUACACUGACACCCUGCCGGGCAAUGACUUCAAAGUCUAUGAGCUCAUUGUCCGUCACUUCCUGGCUUGCUGUUCCAAGGACGCCCAAGGAUUUGAGACGACCGUUCAAAUCAAGAUAGCCAGUGAAGAGUUUUCAGCCCAGGGCCUGAUGAUUGUCGCCAGAAAUUACCUCGACGUCUAUCCCUAUGACAAAUGGAAUGCCAAGGUCAUACCGGUGUUUGAGCAAGGGCAGACCUUCCGGCCUAGAGCCAUUGAGAUGGCUGAAGGGGAGACCAGUCCACCAGCUCUGUUGACUGAAGCCGAUCUGAUUGCACUUAUGGAGAAACAUGGAAUUGGCACUGAUGCGACCCACGCCGAGCACAUCGAGACCAUCAAGUCCCGGCUCUACGUGGGCGUCAGGCCCGACGGGAAGUUUGUGCCCGGUGAGCUUGGCAUGGGGCUGGUGGAGGGCUAUGACAGCAUGGGCUAUGAGCUAUCCAAGCCGGACCUGAGAGCUGAACUGGAAGCUGACCUCAAAAAGAUCUGUGAGGGUGUCAAGGACCCAGACAUAGUGCUACGAGAACAGAUCGAGAAGUAUCGACAGGUCUUCAUUGAAGCAGCUGCUAACGCUAAUAUGUUGGAUGUUGCUCUGUCUGGAUAUUUUGGUCAGCAGCCUGAGGCAUAUAUCCCAGAAAUCAAUGAGGUGGCUCCUGUCACCCCUAUCCGCUCCUGCCCAAGGUGCGGCCAGCCCAUGGUCCUCAAAGAGAAGAAGGAAGGGGGGUGGAUGGUCAGCUGUACCGGCUACCCAGCAUGCAAAGCUGCAGUCUGGUUCCCUGCCGCCAUCCUGGAGGCCAGUGUGUCUGACGAAGUCUGCCAGACUUGUAAACCAGGACCCGUCAAGAAAAUCCAAUUCAAGUUCAAGAGAGGAUCUGUACCAGCCAUGAUGCCUACAGAGUAUACUGGCUGUGUUGGAGGAUGCGAUGCCAUGUUGAAGGAGGCCCUAGACCUGAACCUAGCGUACCUCAGACCAGCAACUCAGCCACAAGUGCCAACAACAAAUGCGAGGAAUGACAGGGGAAGGGGUGGUGCCCAAAGAGGAGGGGGAGGUGGAAACAACAGGGGAGGAGGAAGGGGAGGGGCAUUUGGGACUGGAGGGGCGGGGUUUGGCAGUGGGAGGAGGGGGGGGGGAGCAAGGGGAGGGGGCGGAGCCGGGUUUGGAGGGCCGAAUCAAAGAGGCGGUAGAGGCUUCUCUUCAAAUGCUCCACAGUCAAGACCUCCACUGAAUCAGUUGCCUGCUGGCGGGCAGUCGUUCUUUGCUGGUUCCGGUGGCAGUGGUGACAACGCAGUGGUGUGUGACUGUGGGAAUGAUGCUUUGAAGCUAACUGUCAAGAAGGAAGGCCCCAAUAAUGGACGUCAGUUUUAUAAGUGCAAUAGUGGAAACUGCAAUUUCUUCCUGUGGGCUGAUGAGAACUCGACACCCAACGACUCCUCGAGUAACCAGAGCAGCCUGGGCCGGAAAGCUGGAGAGAAUUCCUGGAAUGCCCAGUAUUCCACCGGAAACACCUGGAGUAGCGGCAGCAGUGGGUAUGAGUCGGGGAAAGACUCAUCGUCUGGACUGAGAACAAACAACUGGGGAGAGGUUAUGUGCCAGUGCGGACAGGCUGCAGUAUUACGUACAGUCCAGAAAGAAGGGCCCAACAAAGGUAGGGACUUCCACUGCUGUGGCAAACCGCAGGGUAAGCAGUGCAAAUUCUUUGAGUGGGCUGACGGUAACAACAACAACAGUGGAUGGGGCACUGGUGCUAGCAGAGGGGGCGGAGCCAGACACCAACCCACAUGGGGCGAUGGCAGGCGAGGAGGGUUUGGUAAGAAGGGAGGAGCCAGCUCUGGGUUUGGAGGGGGUGGAGAUGACACCAGAAAGAGGAAGAAACCAAAGUGUAGUCUCUGCAAUCAAGAAGGUCACACCAAGCGCAGUUGCCCCAUGAAAUAAAAACAGAAUUCUCCAAGCCUCCAGAGCGUGGAGUGGCCAACAAGAUUCAAGUUACAUGCACUGUCUCUGAAUAUUAUGCCAGGCGGCAUCCCACAGCUAUGUGAAACAUCAUAUUAAUAACUCAGUUAAGAUGAUAUUUCUACCAAAUUUCUAGAAAAGUCUAGUCAUCCAUCUUAGAGAUGUUAUAAUUUGAAUGGACACUGCCAUGUGUACAGGGAAUUGGAAGCACUCCACCAUUGAUUGGGUACUUUAUCCAAAAUUUCUAAUUAAAUUUUCAAAUUGAAACCAGUUGGAUCCAGUGAGCAAGUUUGGCAUUCCAACACUGCCUGCCCAAAGUGCAGUGCAUCUGAGGUCAUUUGGGGACAUACACCUGUUUGAGGUCUACCCUAUCAGCAUGUCCUCACACUGAGUUGAAUGUGGUUUUGUUUUGAAUGACCUUGGCCAUGUUUGAAAUUUCAAACUGGCACAUUGGAAUUUCUUUCCAUUUUGUAAUUGGCACGAACCAGUUGGCACCAAUUGGAAGUAACUGUAACCAAUUGGAAGCAGUUGGAUCUGGCUGGAAGCAGUUGCAACUGGUUGGAAGCCAUUGGAGCCAGUUGGGACCGACUGGAACCAGAUGGGAUGGAUGCCGCCAAUCAGAACCAAUUGUGACUAGCCGAACGGAUUUCCAGUUCACUGGAAAAAAGCCCAGUUGGAAUGAUUCAAAUUUCUGUAAUUUGUAUAUUGUGCUCACGCUCCAGUUUGCUUGUUUCUGAGCAUUUUUGUUGCAUGCAUAUUCAUCUUCAACAUUACGUUCAAAAACCAAUCUUCUGUAUUCACCUUCAUCAUGCCCCUUUAAACCACCCUCCAUUAGAGUCCUCUAGCUGUAGCCUCAUGCGUUUUUCUAAGCAUUUGUUUGGUCUCCAUCCAUGAGAAAUUUUCAUCUAACCAUUUACUUUAUUUGAGAUUGGGGAAUGUAUUGUCUUUGUCAAGGGGAGUGUUCAGUUUGUAAUAUUUCAGGGUUUUUUUUACACCGCUGGAGGUUUGAUGGAAACUAUGGGUGUACUGAAGGGUCAACGAAAGUUCUCAAAUUUUGUGCAUUUCUCUCCAAACCACUUUCUCCAUUGCAAUAAUCUCUCUUAACCCUAAAAGAGCCGGGGAGGGGGGGAACCCAACCCCUAGACAUUUUUUUCUGAUAUCUCCACAGCAUAAUUUUUUCAGGAGCUGAGCUUUUAGAAUUUUAUAGAGUAACUUGUUGCUAUUUUUUGACACCAAGUUUAUGAAAAUCAAACCUACCGUUCUUGCGCAGUGCCUAUUUUUCUGAGGUGGGGUAGUAAAAAAGUGUACUUUUGCCACGUCUAUGCUCGGUGCACACAGGCUAGCACGCAUGUAGUAUUGAACUUCAAAUAACCAUAACAACAAAAUGACAUGUUUGAUUGAUUUCAAACUUCACAUUCACAAUGAUAAGGAGUGUCUUAAUAUUCCCUUGGGGUGGGGGGCCUGGAAUCUGCCCCCACCUGGCUAUGAGAUGAGCCAAUAUAACCCAGUUCUUUUGAAGGUUAAUCCCCUCCCCCCCAGUCUUCAUAGAUUUCUGUGCAUUUUGUUUCUGGAUAAAAGCAUAUUUUAAAUCAGAAUCAAAUAACUUACAUGCAUGGAUCAUACUCAUUGUGAUUUCCACACUAAAAACUAACAAAAAGAAACAAAACAGAUGUGCAUCACCAUCAUUGUUUUUAAUAUUUGUACCAAAUCGUUGUACAUUAGAUGUUCAUAUCUAACAUUUUACAAUAAAUCUUGUAUUAGUGGCAA